AUGGCAGACCAGGCUGCGGCGGCGGCAGAUGCUUCCCCAACCCUGGCACCUUCCCCGGGCUCACCCCGAUGUGGGGACACCGAUGGGCUAACAUACCAUCCCACCGGCACCAGGGAGGACAGCAGUGGCCGAGAUGGCUGUGGGCUCCUUUUCUCCAUGGACGGUGACACGAAGCCUCUCCCCUCACCCCAGCCUGGGGGGAUGCUCCUGGCCGACCUCCCACGGGCCCCCCAGCCCCGGCUGAGCCCAGCCAAGUCCCGCACAGCCCCGUCCUCCCCCAGCGUCUCCCCAUCGGAGAGUCGUGCCGCGCUGCUCCGCCUGCGGGAGGCCAGGCUGGAGGACACCAAGAGACGGCUGUCGGAGGCCGUGCAGGAGCCCCUCACGCGGGGGGUGCUUGCCCCCGCCCUGCCCCCCCCCGAGGAGCCACCACCAGCACGGCCAGGGGGCACAGUGCCGGGCAGAGCCCUCGCCUCCAUCGCCCUCCUCGCCUACGGUUACUUCAUCCUGCCGCUGCCACCCUACGCUGCCGGCCUCUGCCUGGGGCUCAUCUGCGGGCUGGUGCUGGGCUUCCUCGCCGUCCUCCUCCUCGUCCGAAAGCCUUCACCGGUGGCACGGAGACCACGGGGCCACCUGCGCCCUGAGCUGCUCCUGAGGGAGCCGUGGGAAACCCACCACCUCCAGGGCUGGAUGAACCAGCUGCAUGUCUACGACCCUGAGCUUUUCCACCCCUCACUCACGCACUCAGUGCUCGCCACGCUAGACGGGGCCACCCUCAAGCUCUCCUACCCCAAGAGCAACAUCCCGCGCCGAGCCACCUUUGAGGAGGAAAUCCUCGACGCCGUCCUCGUCAGCCACCGCUACUACGACCUGACUGAUGCCAAGGUCUUCCUCUGUCCCCCCAGCCUAGCCCGAAAACGGACAUGGAACAAGAAAUACCCCAUCUGCGUCCUUCUCCCCAACCCGGUGGACAUAGAGUGCAGGAGCAGUGAGGAGCAUGACACGGAGCUGCAGAGGGAUGAAGGGACGAAGAAGGUGUCGGUGCCAGGGCAGGACAUUCCAGGGGACUGCAGGGAGAGGUGCCUGUACCUCUUUGGGCGGACAGGGAGGGAGAAGGAGGAGUGGUACCAACACCUCGUGCGAGCAUCCCGUGGGACCGCCAGCAGCAGCCGUGGCGAAGCCAGGGCAGGUGUGGGACCAGCUCCGCGGAGCAGUGGCAGCAGCAGCGGAGGGAGCACCGACGACAUCCCCUCUGCCAUCCCACCCAAGGACCUGGCGGGAAGCGUCCAACAGAUUUUCCUGGAUUACAGCACCUACAUGGCCCGAUUCGUGCCGGCACAGGCCGGGGGUAGCCCGGACCGGAGCCCCUCUCAUGGAGCACUGGGCAGCCCCACACCCACAAAGCUCGGUGAGGACACGGCCAGGCGCAGCGAGGCAUGCAUGGCCUGGAUGAACGCGCUGGUGGGGCGCAUCUUCUGGGACUUCCUCCGGGAGCAAUACUGGGCUGAGCAAGUGUCCAACAAGAUCCAGAAGAAGCUGAGCAAGAUCAAGCUCCCAUAUUUCAUGAAUGAGCUGACGCUCACGGAGCUGGACAUGGGCACAUCCAUCCCCUCGGUCCUCAGUGCCUCCAACCCCACCAUCAAUGACCGAGGGCUCUGGGUGGACAUGGAGGUCACCUACAGCGGCUCAUUGCAGAUGACACUGGAGACAAAGAUGAACCUCUGCAAGCUGGGGAAGGAGAGUGCUGCAGAGGAGAGUGGCCCGGCUGAGGCAGGCGGAGAGGGGUAAGGAGACUGUGUGUCCAGGCCACGGCUGAUCCUGCUGGCAGACAGCGAUGCGGAGUCGUCCAGCGCCGGCUCCUCCGAUGAGGAGGACAUUGCCACUGCAGAGCCCACGGGAGCGCUGGGGGAGCGGGUCCCACCGCCCGGCACUGAGGGUCACGUCAGUGGUAACAGCACAAGCCGGAAGAUCCUGCGCUUUGUGGAUAAGAUCGCCAAGUCCAAGUACUUCCAGAAAGCCACUGAAAACGAGUUCAUCAAAAAGAAGAUCGAGGAGGUUUCCAACACACCGCUGCUGCUGACGGUGGAGGUGCAGGAGCUGGCAGGGACCUUGGCUGUGAACAUCCCCCCGCCGCCAACAGACCGUGUCUGGUACAGCUUCCGAGUCCCGCCCCAGCUGGAGCUGAAGGUGCGCCCAAAGCUCGGCGAGCGGGAGGUGACAUUCCUCCAUGUCACCGAGUGGAUUGAGAAGAAGCUGCAGCACGAAUUUCAGAAAAUUUUGGUGAUGCCAAACAUGGACGAUCUCAUUAUUCCCAUCAUGCAUUCUGGCCUGGAUCCUCAGCCACACACUGGGGGACUGCCCAGGGACCUACCAGCCAAGGGAGAGAAGAGACCUUGA